UAGAGUACAGGUUCUUGAAAGAUCAGCAGGGACCUGUCGGUGUUUUGGUUAAAAGAAUCGGGAAGAGAAGGAUUUUAGAGGGGCCGAUGGUGCUCCUGUUGCCCCUCAUCACUGUAUUAGCAGUGAUGCACAGUGACGCUCGGACUCACUCUCUGAGAUAUUUUCACCUGGGUGUCUCAGAUCCCGGCUAUGGGAUCCCUGAAUUUAUUUCAGUUGGGUAUGUGGAUUCUCAUCCCAUCACCACGUAUGACAGUGUCUCUCGGUAGAAGGAGCCACAGGCCCCGUGGAUGGCGGAGAACCUGGCGUCUGAUCACUGGGAGAGGUACGCGCAGCUGCUGCGGGGCUGGCGGCAGACGUCCAAGCUGGAAUUGAAGCGGCAGCAGCGUCACUACAAUCACUCAGGUGGCCACACUUACCAGAGAAUGAUUGGCUGUGAGUUACUGGAGGAUGGAAACACCACAGGGUUUCUCCAAUAUGCAUAUGACGGACAGGAUUUCAUUAUCUUCAAUAAAGAUACCCUCUCCUGGAUGGCUAUGGAUAAUGUGGUUCACAUCACCAAGUGGGCAUGGGAGGCCGGUCGGCAUGAGCUACAAUAUCAAAAGAAUUGUCUGGAAGAAGAAUGUAUUGCCUGGUUAAAGAGAUUUCUGGAGUAUGGGAAAGGUACCUUACAAAGGACAGGUAAAGAGGAGGGAGAACACCUUGUCCUCAUAUCCUCAGAACCCAUGGUUUUAUAGGUAACUUCCUCUCAUCUAAGUUACAGCGACCCUAUUCUGAAAUCCAUUUUGUUACUAUCAUGUUCUGUAACUCUCCAUGAAAACUUUCCCUGGUUACUUUUUAUCAGCAUUUUGACAACAUUCCACAGUUCUUGUCUUGACAGAGUGGAGUACCUCCAGGGACACUUCCUUUUGGGGGGGAUCCAGUGAGACAAAUCCUUCCAUCUCCUGUCAAUGAUAAGUUGGGAAAUACUUUGGGAGGGGAUGCAAUUCUUCAAGUUGUGUAGUAACCAAGGGCUCACACAACA